CUAGCUCUUCCUCAGCUUUGCCCGUCGGUCAUCCGAGUGAUAAACGGGUUCAUCACUAGAGCCAAGGAGGAAGGAGUUAUCGUUGGGUUAUCUGAGUUAAUGAGUCUCUUCUCGAUAAAGGAGAGCACUUCCAAGGAUGGCGGGAGUGGUACCUACUAUCUCCCCUGUCGUCCAGGGCUAGGCAUUUUCAAGUUCUCAGCCAGUGAUGAUGACUGGCGCAGGAAGUACUUUUAUGUCAAGAUUGACCCUUCCACGGUUCCUGUAGGCCGUGACCUUAGGAACGCAUGGUCUGAUAUUUCCGGUUAGGAUUUUAGGGAUAUGCUCACAUGUUUAUUUUUGUUUGUCAUGUUGUGCUAAUCGCCUUUUGACUCUUUUUGCAGAAAUCAAAGAUCCUGUCAAGUUAUCUAGCAAACUUACCAGAGCUCUCUACAGGAAGCUACAGCAUAGCCCUAACACUUGGGUAGCUUACACUACUUCGAGAGUUGGAUCAGCUAGGUUCCCUGAACGGUACCAAGCGUCCUUCCCUGAUUCAGUGACGGUUGCUGGUUUAGAAGUUUCUGAAGGUGAUUCCAUUCUCGAAGUUUCCUCCGGAGCAAGUACUUCUUCGAAGACUCAAUCACAGAAGAUGCCAAUUCAACCUUCCUUCCGUUCCAGGGGUAGAUCGACCAAGGCUGCCAGCUCCUCUAGAGGGAGUGAUAAGAACCAGGGGGGAUCCUUCCUCGACUCUGUGAAGGAGGUUCUUGAUGAAGGAGGCUCUGCCCCUGCUAAAGGUGUCGUCUCUUCGGAACCCAAGGUUCAGGAAGUUGGCCUUCCCUCCGAGGUCCCGAUGACUGAAGCUGAUCCUCAAGUAAUGAGGGACCCUCCGGAGUCUGAGCCCCCGAGGAACAAGAGGUCCCGAACCGACCAGAUUGAUAGACCUUCGAGGUCUUCCUCCUCCUCCUCUAGAGGAGGAACUGUUGGCUGGACCUUUUCUCAUUCAAAGCCUGGAUCGGUCUUGGACGAUCCGUGGGGUUUGGCUACUCUGAUGAGGCACAUGAAGAGUCCCGGGUGUCCCCUCCCCUCGAUCUCCAAUAUCACGCACAAGGAUGAGUACGUUGAUAUUGCUCAUCACAUGGGUCAGGUAUGAAGUUUAUUUCAUUUUUCAGCUUUGUCUUUGGAAGAUUUUGCUAAAU